AUGGCAAGAACGAUUACGGUGCGACAGCCACUGUCUGGGGAGGAGGGCGUAUUCGAAGUGCUCCCACGCAUGACUGUCCGUGAGUUCAAAAACGCCCUGCAUGAGCGGCUGCCCUGCGACGAAUCAAAGCGCAAGAUGAGCUCGGUGGAGCUGAUUGUCGGAGAUGCGGCCUUGCUGAACAACAAGCAGACGGUGUUUGAGGCCAUUCCCGUUUCUGAAGUCAUGGCCUUCCUCAGCAUCAAGCCGGCGAGGUGCUCAAGUUUUGAGAUGUCCGGCUGCGAAAUGGAAGACUUGCGGGUAGUGGAAAUUCCAGAAGGCGUGACUGAAGUUGGGCGUUGUGCCUUUCACGAUUGCAGCUCAUUGACAAGCGUGACCAUUCCCAACUCCGUGACCAGGAUUCGACAAUUUGCUUUUGCAGGCUGCAGCUCAUUGGAAAGCGUAAUCAUUCCCGACUCCGUGAUUAAAAUUGGAGACAGUGCCUUUGAAGAUUGCAGCUCAUUGGCAAGCGUAGCCAUCCCCAAGUCCGUCACCGUGAUUGGAGAAUGCGCCUUUCAAGGUUGCAGCUCAUUGGCAAAUGUGACCAUCCCUGACUCUGUUAAUGAGAUUGGAUUAUGUGCAUUCGCAAGUUACUCAUUGGCAAGCGUCACCAUUCCCAAAGCUUAG